AUGCCGGCCCUUGUCAAUGACAAAAAAACGCACUUUUCGCAUUUGUACGAGAAAGCUCGCGGCGGCCCGAAGACUCUUCCGUACGCAAAUGAGACGACGACUUUGCACUCUGGAUCAACGCAAACGGCUUUGUAUCUGCGGAUAUCACUUAAUUCGAUCUUGAAUAAGCUGUCAGUGUCGGCCUCGUCACCUGACGUGGAAAUGAUAUGCAAACGCCGUCACCGGCUUCAGCCAAGUCGUCGUCGUCUGAGCUGCCCAUGUCUCCCGGGUUGUCGUCGUUUUAAGUAUAUUUUACUUAAGCUAGUGUAG